AUGUUUCAUCGAGAUCAAUUUAAAAAGGUUUGUGAUAAAUUUUGUAAUAGUUCAUCAGAAGCUAUAAGUCAAUCAGCUGAAGAUGAAUUACAACAUGUUAUAACAUGUAUACAAUUUGCAAAUGAUGAAUGUGAUUAUGGUGAAGGCUUAGAAUUUGGUUUAAAUUUAUUUUUAUAUGGUUCAUCAAAACUUCAUUCACGUGUUAUGAAUCUUUUACCACUUGCAUAUAAAUUACUUCGACGAAGUCUUUAUACACAAAUUAUAACAGAUCAUAUAUCAUCAGGUCGUUCGAAUUUAAUUGAAGAUUUAAAUCAAAUAGAAAAAAACAAAUAG